AUGGGAAGGGGUAGGGUUCAAUUGAAGAGGAUAGAGAACAAGAUCAAUAGACAGGUGACAUUCUCGAAAAGAAGAGCUGGUCUUUUGAAGAAAGCUCAUGAGAUCUCUGUUCUUUGUGAUGCUGAAGUUGCCCUUGUUGUCUUCUCCCAUAAGGGGAAACUCUUUGAAUACUCCACUGAUUCUUGUAUGGAGAAGAUACUUGAGCGGUAUGAGAGGUACUCUUACGCCGAGAGACAGCUUAUUGCACCUGAGUCCGACGUCAAUACGAACUGGUCCAUGGAGUAUAACAGGCUUAAGGCUAAGAUUGAGCUUUUGGAGAGAAACCAAAGGCAUUAUCUUGGAGAAGACUUGCAAGCAAUGAGCUCUAAGGAGCUCCAGAAUCUGGAGCAGCAGCUUGAUACUGCUCUUAAGCACAUCCGCUCUAGAAAAAACCAACUUAUGUACGAGUCCAUCAAUGAGCUCCAAAGAAAGGAGAAGGCCAUACAAGAGCAGAACAGCAUGCUUUCCAAACAGAUCAAGGAGAGGGAAAAGAUUCUAAGGGCACAACAAGAGCAGUGGGACCAGCAGAACCAUGGUCACAAUAUGCCGCCUCCUCCGCCGCAGCAGCAGCAGCAACAUCAAAUGCAGCAUCCUUACAUGCUCUCUCAUCAGCCAUCUCCUUUUCUCAACAUGGGUGGUCUAUAUCAAGAAGAAGAUCCAAUGGCAAUGAGGAGGAACGAUCUCGAUCUGUCUCUUGAGCCUGUUUACAACUGCAACCUUGGCUGCUUCGCCGCAUGA